AGAGCUGCCAAGGUAACUAAUGUGCUAGGGCAUGGCCUCCCUUGGGAGUGAGAGCUGGAGUGAUGCCCCAACACAGAGAGCAGCCCCUACGCCCUGGGUGACCCUCUUGCAGCCCUUUCCUUGGACAGUCCUGUCUCCUCAGCCUCAGCAUAACCGAGUCAAGGAAGACCUGCUGGAGCUGAUGCUGCUGCAGAAUGCACAGAUGCACCAGCUGCUACUGAGUCAACUGGUGGCAGAUGCUCUGAACCCAGGGCCAGAGUGGCCCAGCCCACAGGUCCAUACUGACAGCCGCGAGGAGCAGAUGGAGGAAGAGACGGAGACGCAGGAGCAAGAGCCUUUGGUCUUCCACCAUCACUACUUGCCUUACCCAGUGAUCUCCUUGGGCCCCAUGCCACUCUGGCCAUCCUCUUUCCUCCCUAUUUCCCCACAUCAGCCUCCCUGGCAGGGUGCUGCCAGGAUUCAGCACCAGCGCCCUGCCUCCAGGCAAGGGGAGGCGAGAGAUGUGCCCCCACCCCCACCCCCCAGUGCAACAGGGACUGUUGGUGCAGAUGUACCUCCCGCUUCAGACUAUUAUGAUGCCGAGAGCCUGCCAUGAAGACAGAUGUACAUCAGGUCUCGUCAGCUUCUGCACAGGGCUGCCCCAAACCCUGGAGCAACCCUCCACCCAUGCUGGCCCUUCUUGCCCACUCUGUCCCCGGCAAGCCCUCUCCUCAGGCUCUCUACUGCCACCUUGUGCUGGCUGUUCUGGAGUAAAGGCUCCUUUAAGCCCAACCAUGACCCAGAAGCC